UACUCCUCAUUUCUCUGUCUCUAGAAUCGAUCGAUCUAUUUGAAGAUGAUCGACAGUUUUUUUUGGGGUCGAAGAUUUGAUUGGGAAUUUGAAAUGGAAGCUCGAGGGAGCAGCAAGAGCCAGACGGAGCCUAAGAAACGCCAAUCGAAGAUGCCCAGAAAGCCCAAAGAUAGCGUUCUCGAACAGAAAUCGCCGGCGGAGUUCUUUGCGGAGAACAAGAACAUUGCUGGGUUCGAUAAUGUUUGUGAAGGUCUGUUAAUAACAGUUGAUGAAAAAGUUGCAGUUUCGGAAAUGACUGUCAGCAAUCAAGACGUGAAAAAGAAGGUUCCUUUUUCUUAUUUUUGUUUCCAAAUUCUUCUUCUUUUCUAUUUUGUGGAUAAAAAAAAGGAUCUUUCGGCAAACAGAAUGGUGUCUUUUAUUCAUAAAAUCUUCACCACAAAGGAGAAAGAAGGAAGCGUCUCUUCGGAUUUCUCAGGUGAGUCUCUAAUGUGUUUCUUUCUGGUUUCAAUUCAAUUACUUAUCACCAUUGUUUUCCAUUGGAGAAAAUCUAGAGAGAGAGAGAGAGAGAGAGAGAGAGAGAGAGAGAGGAUAUUCCUUGCAAUUGGAGACUCAUAUUAA